UCAUGUACCCACACCCUAUUUUAUUUUCUCCAACAAAAGAAGACGCUAUUUUAUAUUACAACCUCGAAAGCUUUCACCGCCUCAACCAUGGCGGAGCUCCUCCUAGGUCUGUCCACCACCGUCUUCCUCCUCGCGGUCCUAUCGUUAUCUUCACCCUCCGCCGGCGUAGAAUCAAAGCCUUUCGCUCGAGUUCUCUCCCCAUCGUCCAUGGGGCUAAACAAACCCGAUCAACUAAGCCACCUCCAUUUCUACUUCCACGACAUCGUCGCCGGAGAAAACGCCACCGCAAUCCGCGUGGCAAAAGCGCCAACGACGACGGCGUCCUCUCCGUUCGGCGCGGUGGUGGUUAUAGACGACCGUUUGACCGUCGGCCCCGAUAUCGACUCCAAACUCGUGGGAAGAGCGCAAGGGAUUUAUGUCACGGCGUCUCAGACUGAAGCUAGCUUGUUAAUGGCGUAUAACUUUGCGUUCAUGGAAGGGGAGUAUAAGGGAAGCAGCCUCGCCCUUAUGGGGCGGAACCCGGUGUUUUCCGACGUCAGAGAGAUGCCGGUGAUCGGCGGCAGUGGCGUCUUCCGGUUGGCUCGCGGAUAUGCCGAAGCGAGGACUAGUAGAUAUGAUUACGAUACGGGGAACGCUAUUGUUGAGUACAACGUUUAUGUUCUUCAUUCAGAAUCUCUUGCCCAGAGUUCUAAUCAUGCACCAUCAUCAAACAAAAAAUUAAUUAGUCAAUUUCUUUGUAUUUUUAUUUUAUAUAUUCUCAUUUUAGAGGUUUAAUUCUGAUUUUAAUCUUUUAUCAUGUUAAAAUUUGGUAAUUGCUUUUGUUUAUAUUAUUUGUUAUUAUUA